UUUUUACUACUUUGCAGGAAAAGCUUGUAUAAAAUACUUGAGAAGCGCGUUUAUUAAGUUGAAACAAUCAAAGAAUUCAGUAAGAAAAUAAACGACUAAAUAAAACUACUAUUUAGGAAAGAAAAUGACUAAAUAAGUGGAAUUUCAUCUCAUAUUUAGUCGUUUUUACGAUUUUUUUACAUUUUUAACAAUCCGUUUCGAAACCCAACUCUGCGAGAAAACACUAAAUAUUAGUAAUUUUCAUUUUAUACUAUUGGCGACAUUGUGACGCGUUUAAAAAUGUCAUUUCUCGAACGCUUCUUUGGCCGCCGCUAACCUAAAAAAUCACAAAUUUGAAGCGUUGUUUGCUCUUUGUUUGAUAUUAAAAGAAAAAGCAAAAAUAUAAUACACAAUGGCUUAUAAACCACAAAAAGUGCAAAAGGUGAUGGUGCAGCCCAUCAAUCUGAUCUUCAGAUACCUGCAGAACCGUUCCCGAGUCCAAGUUUGGUUGUACGAAAACAUCAGGCUAAGGAUAGAAGGGCAUAUCGUUGGUUUUGAUGAAUACAUGAACUUGGUACUCGAUGAUGCCGAAGAGUACUACGUGAAGACCAAGAACAGAAGACAGUUGGGCAGAAUAAUGCUGAAAGGGGACAAUAUUACGUUAAUUCAAAUGGUGAAACCAGACAGCGGUGGCAAUUGAUAGAUGUUACAUACAUAAUUUCCAUAAUUAAUAUUUAAGAUCUUAGAUUUAAGGAGCUAAACUGAUAAACAAGAAGUAUGUUUCAUAUUUUAUGUGAAAAAUUCAAUAAAUUUGUUUCAGAAGAG